AUGGCCCGUGCCGGCAGUUGGGUCGUGGCUGCAUCCGCUUUGGCUGCAAACUUUGUCCUCAGCUGGAAACGUCUUCAGAGGAGGAACAUCUGGAGAAGAUAUGCUGCUGACCGUUCAGCAGGGAACACUACGAGGAACCACAGCCACGAGCGUCUACAACACCUCUUACACGGCCUUUUUGGGUAUCCCGUAUGCCGUGCCGCCAACCGGAAAGUUGCGUUUCCUGGUUUUCUGAGCACGGGAGACGCUGUCGCCCCUGGUAACGCGGGCCUCAAGGACCAGAGGCUGGCGUUGACCUGGGUACACAGGAACAUCGCGCGCUUUGGCGGUGACCCGCAGCAAGUCACAAUAUUUGGACAUAGCGCCGGUGCGCUGUCUACCUGUUAUCACUUCCUCUCGCCACAGUCCUCAGGUCUGUUCUCAAGAGCUAUUAUUCAGAGUAGUAACUUCGUCGUCGCAAACCCGCUGUCAACAGCAAAUGCCCGAACUCAUUCUUUCAAACUAGGAGCCACCCUCGGCUACGAAACCGACGAUUCACAACAGCUGCUCGACUUUCUGCAAUCUGUGAACGUAACAGACCUUCUGGUAAACGACUCUCUUAUCCAGACAGAAGUGGAAAAGAAGCAAAUUAUACACCAUCCGUGGGAACCAAAUAUCGAGCCAGAUGUGGAGGGUGCUGUAGUUACUGAGUCCCCCAAUCAGAUGCUCAUAGACGGCCGUUUCAACAACGUGCCAAUCAUGAUGGGCACUGCUUCUGCCGAAACUGGAUACAUUCUUCUUGGGAGACCGGAACUGAUAGCCGGUUUGAACAAAGACUUCGCGGCUGUGAUAGGUCCCAGCUUACACCUGCCUACCGUGGAACAGCAGACAGAGGCCGCCUGGAAGGUGAAAGACUUCUACUUCGGCAACAACACCAUUUCUGCCGACGACCCAGACACUCUGAUCCCUUUGUUCGAAGACUUCGCAUGGUCUGAUCCCAACGACGCUAUGAUAAAGAAAGUCGUCGAGGUCUCUAACUUGACACUUUAUUUCUAUAUAUUCGACUACAGAGGAGACAUCGUUCUCACAAAUCCAUGGGGAGUUUCACAUGGAGGAGAGUUGCCUAUGUUGUUCUUGAGAAAAGAUACAGAGUAUAACUUGGAUCCUGAAUCAGAAGAAGACAAAGUGCGCAGAAACAUGCUGCGUCUUUGGACGAACUUCGCAAAGUAUGGCAACCCUACUCCUGAGGCGGAUCCCGUAGUGUGGCAGCCGUACGACCUAGCCAGCCACAGGUACCUGCUGGUGCAGGCCAACUUCUCGAUCGCACACGACCCAUAUGGCGAGCGCAUGGCAUUCUGGAGAGAGAACGUGCCACUCAUGCCAUUUCCUGACACAAUAUGAUAUGCCACAAGAGACAUUCACUGAUUGCAGAGGAGAGGAAAAACAGCACAUUGCAGAUUAAUAAUGACUAAAAGGAAAGGACUUCACUAAGAAUUUGAACCAAACAUCUUUAAUGCAUAAUUACUGAGGCACUUCGAAAUAUCUCCCUUAAUGUGGGGUUUAGACGUUGUUGAAUAUAGUGCAGAUACUUCACAAAUGUUACAGAUAUUCACCGGUUGCAGAGAAGAGGAGAAACAACACCUUGUUACUGAAUAUUGGAUGCCAGUAAAGGAUUUAAUCAAAAACUCGACACAAAGUCAUUAAAGUAUAAGUAACAAGUCACUGUGAAAUGUCAAUUUCAUCUUCCCUGAACAUAAUCCUGAUACUUAAAUGUGACAAAUGUUAAGAAAUUUCGGAAAACGGCUCAAGUGCAACUUGUGGUACUGUCCAUUAUAGCUCACUUAGUUUUCACUUUUCUCUUCUCAGUAAGAUGGAAUUAUUAAUUUCAUGUACGUUUAUCUUAUUUACUUAAGGAUAA